AUGCAGUGGAAUGGAUGCAACUGGUCUGUUUUUCAGGUGGUAUGCCUGGUGCUGGCCAUCUUUGGGACACAAUCUCAUGGAUACGAGGUUUAUAACAUCAUCAGCCCAAACAAUAAUGGCGGCAAUCUUCAGGAGACAGUGACAGUUGACAAUGAAAAAAAUUUCGCCAUCAUUAACAUCCAUGCAGGAUCAUGCUCCUCUACCACGGUUUUUGACUAUAAACAUGGCUACAUCGCAUCCAGGGUGCUCUCCCGAAGAGCCUGCUACAUCCUGGACAUGAAACAUAAAGCCAUCCCUGCUCUGGACCAACUAAAACGAUACAUCUAUGAGAGGAAGGCUCUGACAAACAUGUACUCGGACAAAUACAUCUGGGUCAAGUACAGCCCACUGCAGUCUCUGAUCACUCAUGUAGACUGGUUCCUGUUCGGCUCCCCCAUCAAGCAGCUCUGCAGUCAUGUCCCCCUGUAUAAGGGAGACGUGGUGGAGAAGACACAUGACAUCCGUGCUGAAGCCUGCGCAAAGACCGGACUCCUGGGUAUCUUUGGAAUCUCCAUCUGCGCGGGCACUGACGCUUAGGCACUGAGCCCACUGGCGUCAUCUUUUCAAAGACACAGCCCCUUGGUUUCCACUCAUCAGCCAAAUUAAGCUCUUUCCCAACACCCUAAUGUUGAGACUCAGUAGUAAAACAUAAAUCCUAUAUUUCCAGAUA